AUGCAGACUCCGACUCAAGAUCCCCCGGGGACACCGCCUCGUCCCCCGUAUUCCCCGGUGACGCCUGUGUUUGCGCAACUGGCCCCGGUGCCGUCCAACGAGCCCAAAAUCGUUCCGCCCCCUCUGUCGCCAUCGCCGACAUCGCAACCCGCCACACAUAGUUAUCCACGCCCCCCACCAGCAAACCCUCCCGUCUACAAGCCCGAACCACCACCAGUCCCAAUUUCGGAGAGUGAGAACCCCGAUGCGAUCGCGCUACGAUCCGCAAUCUCCAUCCUGCAACUGCAAAAACAGCAAAGCCUACGCGAUAUCCAAACCUUAGAUCGCAUGAAGAGCGCCGCUGAAGCGAACCCGGAAGCCUUUGCGCAUGACCUCGCGACAGGCCGAUUAAAGACCGAGGAUCGGGGCGCGGUGGUCCAGUUCUCGGACGACCACGAGACGGAAGAAGGGGAUGGAAAGCGCACGAAUCCAGAUGGCUCCCCGGCUUCCCACUUUGGGCACAUUCCGAACCCUCAGAACGUGGUGCGCAUGCCCCCAAUCAAUUGGGCCAAGUAUAGUGUUGUCGGCGAGCCGUUGGAUCGGAUGCACAAGGAGCAGCUGCGGCGGCCAAAUCCUGGGGAGCCGAGAUGGGAGCGAGCGCCGGAGCAUGUGUUGGCUUCGCCGUAUCGGCCGUUGGUGGAUCAGCUGGAGACACCGGCGAAGCUGGGUCGGUCCAGCAAGGCAAAGAAAACUUGA